UGCAGUGCGGCGAUCAGUGGUAUGCUGUGUCCAAUCACAGCUGAUCACAUAGAGGACAUGUACACUGAUCAUCAGGGCAUUGAUGAUCAGUGUAGCCCCAGCAGUGCCACAUAUCAGUGCCUACCAGUGCACAUCAAUGCUACAUAUCAGUGCCCAUGUGAGUUGCCUUUCAGUGUCACCUAUCAGUGCCAGUCAGUGCCACCUAUCAAUGCCAUUCAGUGUCACCUAUCAGUGCCAGUCAGUGCUGCCUAACAGUGCCGCCUAUCAGUGCCACCUAUCAGUGCCAUAUAUGAGUGCUGCCUUUCAGUGCCCAUCAGUGAUGCCUGUAAAUGCCCAUCAGUGCCACCUAUUUUCCUCAUCAGUGCCCAUCAGUGCCACCUAUCAGUGCCCAUCAGUGCAGCCUCAUCAG